GUUCUAGGACAAAAUAUUCCGAAUGCACUUUAUUUAUAAAUGUGACCUUUAAUGAUAAAGGAUGACAAUAGUUUUUCGAAGUAUUACUAGGCUACUGGUGCCCAUUGUUGGUAACGUUAUUUGUCUAUCACGGGCUCAAUUAAGUACCAUCAAAAUGGCAGAUAAUCCAAAUUACAAAACUGCUACAUCAAUCCAUGAAUUUACCGCAAGGAAUAUCAAGGGUGAAGAUGUGAAACUGGAUGUGUACAAGGGUCAUGUAUGCAUUAUUGUAAAUGUUGCCUCACAGUGCGGUCUUACGGCGAACAACUACAAGCAACUGAACGAGCUUUAUGAACAGUAUGCAGAGAGCAAGGGACUCCGUAUUUUAGCAUUCCCAUGCAAUCAGUUUGCAGGCCAAGAGCCUGGCAACCCUGAAGAAAUUGUAUGUUUCGCAUCUGAGCGUAAAGUGAAGUUUGAUUUGUUUGAAAAGAUUGAUGUUAACGGUGACAAUGCCCAUCCUCUGUGGAAAUUCUUGAAGUACAAACAAGGCGGCACCCUCGGAAGUUUCAUCAAAUGGAAUUUCUCCAAGUUCAUCGUAGACAAAGACGGCGUGCCCGUCGAGCGCCACGGUCCUAACGUGGAUCCGUUGGAUCUGGUCAGUUCUCUUGAGAAAUACUGGUAGAAAUAUGCGAUAAUAUGGCGGACUGCACGGGGUAGUUCAGGGUUAUGUUGAAAAAUAUAUAGUUUUGUUGUCUUUGGGCAGUUGAAAAGUUUGAAAUACACUUAUAAAAUAGGAAGAUUUAUGGAUUCUUGGAAGAAUGUAAUUCUAUGCAAAUCACGUUCCUUUUAAGUUUAAAUAGUUUUAUUGCAUCACAUUUGUAUUGCAUUUAAUUUUGUACGUUUUUGAAUUAUUACGCUUGCGAAAAUCAACCUGCAUAAAAUAAAAAAAAAAAAAAAUUUGGCUGUUGUGCACGCGGAACAAAUAUAGAGUUUUUACUGGGCCCUUAUUCUGUAUGAUAGUGUAAACGCGUAACGCGGCCGUGUCAUGUUAUGUGCGUGGAAUGCUAUUCUGUAAGCCAAAUUUCUAUAGUCCUAAACAUGAUGCGUUGUGUUACGUGCUUGUUACGCACUGUCAAAAUAACGUGCGGGAUAGAGAAUAAGGCCCCUGUAUGUGUUCACAAGACACGUUAUGGUUAUUGUUUAGAUGUAAGAUUCAUGGUUGUAAAGGAAUAAAUAUUAAAGCAAAAUUUG